AUGAAUGAGGAGUUAAUCCCACUGCAAAACAGUGAAGAUGAGGACAAUGGAGAAAAGAUGGGAGAAGUUCUCAGUGACGCAGGGUGUAGCUCAGAGAGUUGGGCCAUACUUCCUGUUUUGUGCUUGACGCAGGUGUUUAAGUUUCUUGAUGAAGGGGAUCGCAGGAGUGCAGACCUGGUUUGUCAGCGCUGGCACAACAUCAUGCACUCUCCCUCCCUCUGGCGCUCACACACCUUCCACCUCAAUGUCCGGCCGUCCAAGUACAAGCAGUCUGAAUUCCACUCUUCUGUGGCCUAUGUCCAGUCUCGAGGAGUCUACCUGGAGAGGUUGGUCGUGUUGGUGAAUCCUCCAUCCACUUACUCGAUAGCCUCGAGACUGUUGAGAACAAUCAAGACAAUAUUUGAUGAGCUUACCAGAGUACGGGCGUCACUGAAGUCUAUCAGCCUCACAAAUCUGGAGUUAGACCGGCCCUGCUGGACUUCUGGACUCAGAAACUCUUUCGUUAUCUUCCUGGUUUCCUUUCUCCGCAAACAAGGCUCAAAGCUUGACUCCGUUUGUCUGAAUGGGAUGAAAAUCGGCAUGAUUCAGGGUCUGGAGAUGCUUUCCACCCUGGCACAGUCUCAGAAGCGCACCAGCCAUCGCUGCUCCAUCUCUACUUUGGACUUGAAGGGUUUCUUUUCUGGAGAAGUUCCAGUCUACCGUAACACCAACAUGCCCCGCACCCUGAGCAUCAUGAAAGGCCUCACCCACCUGAGCCUGAGCUACUCCUGUCUGUCAGAUGAGCUUCUAAAGGCAUUGCAGCCCAGAGAGCGAGGGUGGAGAGAUUUCAUCCACUUGAAAACACUUUCACUGUGGUGUUCUUUGAAUGUGCCCCAUGGACAGGUGAUUUGCGGUCACUCAUGGGAAUCUCUGGCAUCGCGCUGCCCGGGCCUGAAAGUCAAGAUUGCAGUCGACCAAAUCCUCAACACUAACCGACUUGCAAGGAUUCUGCUGCCAGAGAUUCCCCUUGUUGAUUUCAGCAUGACAACUUUCUACUCUCCCAACGAAGAAUGGAGCCCCAGGCCUCUCUUCUAUGUCAUGCUGCCUCAGUUCAGGCUCACUCUGAAGUUUCUGACCCUGCACCUGAGUAACUGCAGUGAAUUAUUGGACGACGAGCUGCUGAAGCUGGUCAGACGUUGUGAUCGUCUGGAGCAACUGAGAGUCUGGGCUUUCCUGGAAAUCAGAACUGUGCAGAGACUGCUGAGAAUCAGGCUGGCACAAAGGAGCUUACUCAACACGAUCAGGGUGAGUGUCUACUCAGUAGAAGAGGACCAUGAAGAGCAGAAAGAGCAGCUGGAGAAAUUAUUGUCUACAUACCGAGAUCUCCCUCCUGAACUCGAUUUUUUUGCUACAGUCUAUCCCUAUGUGUAAUCGCAGG